UAGAUGGAAGUUUGAACCGAACUGAGAAUGGAACGGAGAUGAGGUUCGCGCAGCUGCCUUCGCGAAAGUCAAUCAUGUUGCUUCAUCCGUCUACGGUGGCCGUGGUUUGCGUCUCCAGCGUGGCCCUCAUUGCCAUCCUUCUCGUGAGCCCUACUAAAGCCGAAAAUGAAACACCUACCGUCAUCACCACUAUUAAAAAAGAGGAGUCUCUCAUGGAUGCUCUUGCAUCCGCCAUGGAUAAGUUGCAGGGCUUCCACAAUAACUUAGUGACCGUUAUGGAAAAUGAGCAGAAAAAUAAAACCAAAGAAAAGCCGCCCACUCCGGAGGAGCAGAGUCUUUGGAAGAAGAUGAAACAAAAGAUUAACAAUAAAUGGAACUCGAUGGUCAAAUGGGUGGGUGGAAAUAAGGCAUGAAAUAAAAUUGUUUUCUAUUCCUA